AUGUCGGCUAAUGUUACCACUACCGACACCCUUGUCGACUUUGCAGACAAUUCCCUAAAAAUCGAUGAUAAAAAAGAUGCUGAAAAGAUCGUCGAAGCCUUGAAAAAGUCUUUGAAAAUGACUGCUUUGCGGCUUUCGGGGAACACUCUGGGCGUCGCUGGAGCCGAGGCCAUUGGAUUACAAUUGUCUAACCAUCCAAACCUCAGACGAUGUCUAUUUAGUGAUCUUUUCACAGGUUCGACUUUAAGUUAAAUCUUUAAGACAUCAGGUCGGAUGGUUGAUGAAAUCGCGCCCGCUCUGAGACAUCUGUCUGCAGGUAUUAUUUCCGCGGGGGCGCAGCUGACCGAACUCGAUCUGAGCGACAAUGCAUUCGGUCCUAGGGGAGUGGUGGGUGUGACAGAGCUUCUAAGCAGUCCUGUUUGUUAUACACUGCAAGUAAGUCCCGAACUCACCGCAAACGACUUUGUAGAUCUUAAAAAUGAACAACCAAGGACUCGGACACCAAGGUUGCCGAUACUUGACCGAAGCACUAUUAAAGGGGCUGCGAGACAGUAAAGGCACCGGACUCAAACUUAAAACCUUUUCGGCCGGUCGUAACAGAUUGGAAAACUACGGAGCGAAACUUCUUGCGGAAGUGUUUUCGGAAAUGAAAUCGCUCGAAGAGGUAAGUGGGGCACCCCUUCACCACCCUGUUUCAUCUGCCUUUCAACAUAAAUCUAAAUGGGUAGGUUCCAAUCACAUUGAUUAUAUUUCGAGUUUCCGUUUGCUUGUGUCGUGGACGCCAUUUUCUCACUGGAUGUAAAGCGGAAAGCAAAUGGAUAGACCUGUUUUCUCCUUUGGAAGCAGAGGUUGCCAUAAAGACACAGCAUAUAAUUACAGAAUAACGGUAGUAAUGAAGCAAGUUUGGUGUGGUUUACAGCUAUUAGAGGAAUAAGUUUAGUAUAAUUCGGCUAUAAAUGAAAAUUGCGUGGCAGUAACCAACGUGGUAAACAAUGAUGCAACCCGCGUGCUGGGUUGGUGUGAUAAAAAUAAAAUAAAUCUACAUUCCGGUUAUGUCAAAAAUAGUUUCCGAGAAAUACGUUCGCGAUUUGUACUGUGCUUUGUCCGAGCAAACUCGGAGAUCACGUCUUUUAAAUUCGCGAACUUCAUAGAGUCGUUUUGCAAUACCUCACCUAACUUCGAUGUGAUUCACUAUAGUACCCCCCUGUUGUGCUGUUCACGGACAUGGCCACACAGAUCUCUGCUGAUGCGUCAAAUAAAAAGUACCGCCAACAUGGCAAGGAGGACAUUUUUACUGAUGCUGUCUACUCUCAGACCGAGCAUUUCAAAACGGGUCCAUAAACGGCUUGCGCCACUUUCCGCACUGUCGUGGGUUCUCCCCACGCAUAAAUACCCCCUCAUAUCCUUUUACUUACAUGACUAAUAAUGCUCCUAGUAUGUCCAUUACAGAACCAAAAUGAACUUAAACGUAUCAAGAGUCAGGGCUCUACGAUUUCCACGUGCCGGCGCCAAAUUUCAUGAAUUAGAUCACCUUCCAUGAUCCUGUCGAGGCCGAUAGCCACCUACUAUUCAUGCUCUGCGCUCUGGAGCUGGUGAGAUAUUCAUUGGUACAAAUGGGAGUGACUGGGGCUCACUCUAUCAUCUGCAUCUAUGCGGCAUUCCUCCCACACAGGACCAUCUAAAAACAAAAGACAACAGAUUUCUAGAAAAUACGCCUUUGCUUUUAAUGCAUCCUCUCGCACUUCUUACAAUCAAGACACCAUUGCUUUGCACUUCCACAAUGCUGAGCCUGUGCAGUAGCAAAAGUCGUCCUUUUCAGCACAUUUUGCGGUGUAUAUUCCACUCCAUUCUUAACAGACUUCUCGGCAGAUCAACAACCUAUUGCCUCCUACUUGCCGCCGUCUCCUUCUGUCCUCAAAAGCAAAAGAGCUUGCAAUCGUAUAUUUACCUCAAUUUGUUGUUUGGCUGCAUAUAUUCACGACUCCAUUAAUCAUGUGAACCUGUGGUUCAUCUGUACGCACUGGCUACGGGCCACCGGGAACUAUUUUUACUACUAGGGACCUAAAACUUUUUAAGUGGUUUUGACGGUUAUUAUGUGUGUGUUUGAAAGGGGCGAAAAUGAUCAUACGCAAGUUUUCGAUUUGUAGUGUUGGGUGGCCUCGAAUCAGACUGGAGCUUAGAGACACCGUAGUGACGAUUUUGUUCUUAUCAAUCCUCUCUCGCCAUUGGGCAUCGACCCUAAAAACAGGUCAUUCAUGUUUUCACUUAGCUACACUUGUACCAAAAUGGAAUCGGCAUUCACGGAUUAGAUGGAAUCAAGUGCCUGGUCAACGCUAUUGCUUCGAAUCCCAACCUACGUGUUCUAAACUUAUCGGACAACUCUCUUACUGCUGAUGGGGGAACAGAACUCGCGAGGAGCUUGUCACACCUUCCCUACCUCGAGGUUCGUCGAUUCUUCACUUAUCUGAGCCGCUAUUUUUAUCACCAUUCUUUUCAUUUCGACGAUUUGUGCUAUCAUCCUUUCUGUAUGGCACACUUUUUAAACGGCAUACGUAGUUUCCGUGCUGGGUGUCAUGGCAGAGAAAUUAUUCAGAUUAUUUUAAUUACAGGAGCUCAUCCUGGAUGAUUGUUUAAUUCGAGCACGCGGUUGUCGCUCCUUGGCAAGUGAAUUAGAACGAGAGGACGUGGUUCCCAAUCUGAAAUGUCUCCGCCUCUACGGCAACGAAAUCACACGUGACGCGGGUGUCCACCUUGCCAUCUGUCUUGCAGCAAAAACCAAACUGAAACAUCUUAAUUUAAAUGCAAACGAAUUUGGUUCCACAGGCAUCGAUAUGGUCAUACGCACCCUUGAGUCCAUCGGUCUCAUUGAAGCUCUCGACGUACCGCCAGCUGAUUCGAGCGCUGAAGACAGUGCAUCGGAUGACCUUGAUCCUCGACAUCGUGCCUUCGAUGAGGACCAAGGCAGUGAUAAUGAGGAUGAGGAGGAUGAUGACGAAGAAGAUGACUUUGAGGCAGGUGAAUACAGUGGAAGUGAAGAGGAGGAGGACUUUGAGGAUGAAGAGGCCACCCCCACACAAUCGAGUUUUCACAGCGGUGGCAAAAGCGGUGAUUCUUCCUUCCAAACUGUCAAAGAACGUCCCGUUGGAGGUCCUUUUGGAUGCAUACCAGGUAAGUAACCUAUGAAACGUGUCGAGCUACUGUUUUGAGAGGAGAUAUCGUGCGCCCUUGUCAGUAUUGUCUCGAGUUCUCAUGUAUUUAGCAUUUCCAGUUCCACGAUCUAGGUCAUCGUGCGUUUCACACUAUGGAAAUUUGCAUUAAAAAUGUUGAGUGGGAGGUUUGAAUUAGACUGCUACGUGAAGCCUUUGUCUGUGGACAAUUAACUUAGACGUUUUGUACACAAAGAACCGAUAUUCCACCCUAUAUUUGCCUUCAGGAGCAUGCUUUUUCGAAAAUACUGACCCAAUAUAUAACAAAAAUGAACGAUUAGCCUUUGUCUGCACAGGCCUUCUCAAACAUACGAAAAUGAACUUGGUAAAAUGAGUCUCAACAAUGCUUGCCAUCGUAUCUUAAAAACGAACUCUGAUUUGCUAAUUCUUAUGGCAGCUCGACCGUCAGUUCCGACAAUGUCGACGGUGUGCCUCACAGCAGGGUAGACGCAGGGACGGUGCCUCGUGCUUGACCUGGAUAGUGGACUUGCGCUGCAUCUGCCACGUCCUCUCUUCCUCUCCCAUCUGGGCCUGGUUUCAUGAGAGAGUCAAGAAGACCGGAGGCGAGAUAGGAUGCGGGUGACUGUCGCGGUGUGAAUCCGUACAUAGGCGUGCCACCACACCACCUAGCCCAUGGACAAAGGGCCUGGAUUUCGCAUAGGAAAGGGGGGCAGCUCGGAUCCCAACUGAGUGAUAAUGCCAUAAAGGCCACAUCAUGAAAGAGGCAUCACAGUCAAACCCCCAGUCCACCGUCUAAUCAUUCAAGGCUCUAACACACACUGGGCUGACUUUGAGGUCUGAGUUGAAUUAUCAGUCGGUAACCUUCCAAGGCACGGCUUUUAGUUCACCGCGUCAAAUUGCCUGUAUUGAAGAAUAUGCACUGGGAAUCUGCCUCACUUGCUCUUACCUUACCCGUGCACCAGGCAACUGUCCGGGCCAGUUAAUCACUUGGUGCUGAGAGUUGAAGAAUGGGCUGACGGAGCUGAAAACACUCCGUCUGCGCGGGCCAUAUGACCUGUGCCCCGCACAGCACGCCAGAAUUUCACAUAAAGGGGGUGACCUGCUCGGAUAUCACACGUAGUAGAAGAAGCCACAUGGAGGAGCACACUCUCCACUUACGUGACAGGCGCUUACUUCGUGCCUGCGGUAUGUGAUGUCGGACGUGUUCAUAUGUGAUACAUGUUUCGAUAGGGAAAUGUUUGCUGGCGUGUUUUGGUCUGUGUUGGCCUACCGUUGAUUUUCGUGGAGACACAUGUGACCGAGUAGGCCCAUGCGGUGACUGAAUUUGCGAAAGGAAUGCGGACAGUCGAGGCUAUGAUGACAGGCGUAUGGUAGUGCUCCAGGCACUGGUUCUCCAGUCUCUGUGCUGUGGAUCCACAAGUGGCCGAUGACGCCUAUGUGUGAUGUGCAUGUGCAGUAGCAGUGUGAGCAGGAUAGGUUGGGAGGUGCUGAGUCGGUGGUAGUGGUGGUGGUGCCGCUAGUGGUGGCCGCACUUGUGGAUGGGGAGGUUGGUAGUGCAACUUAUACGAUAGCCUGACACACUGCCGACAAACCGGCUGAUAUCCUACGUCCAACCCAUGCCUGCCCGUUGGCUUUCGGGCCAAACCUUGCUGGGUUAAGCCUUGCCAGGCUACAGAAGAACGCGAGUUGUCGGUUGAGGAUAUUGCUUGCCGCUGAGCAAAGUAGUGUGGGGCAGUCUGCGUCAGGGCUAAACGCUGACGAACAGGACACUCAAUCCAAGUGAGUGGAUUUGUUUGGUAAUCUUGUUGAUGGUCCGCAUAAAUCUGCCUUUGUCCUGUCUGUUUCAGUGCUUGAUUCUGAUCAUCUUGCCCAUUUUGUUAACUCUUGCUUAUUGUUGUGUGAUUAGUUUUGUGGUGUUGUUAGCCACAUGAUCUCAGAGUUGGGCUUGUGACCGAAUAUCUUAUACAGUGGCAUAUGAUGACACCGGGCCGUCGCGUGGGACAGUCGGGGUAUUUGACAGUUUGCCGCAAAACAUUCAUACCAGACCGACACUUUUGUCUCAACUAAAGUUGUCUCUCGCGUGGAAGAGCUGUGGUUUCUAUCAGGCAAGCUCCUCCCUGGAUUUGGGACCACAGUCUAAUGCAGAUCACGCGAGCUCUAAAAAUGUAACCGCCCACUAGCUAAUGAAUAGCCGGGGUGAAAUCUUUGUCAGACACUGAAAGAUAUUUUCGAUUUACAAAUCUCCGUCAUUUAUUAAGCUAAUUUUCUACGGGCACCACAUUUACGGUAAGUGGCAUCUGGCCAUUCCAAAGUAACCCUUGCUAUUGUCAUCUAAAUGACAAGACCCGUAAUGAGUCUUGCCCUAUUUAACUGGACUGGGCUGGCGCCAGUGCUGAUUUAACCGGUGAGAAUUUGCCAUGUAAUACCACUGUGGCCGGUGUCUUUCCCACAGGUAGUUGAUUUGCCAAAUGAAGUCUCCGCCGCGCCUGAUUAUCUUACAACUGCAUGGUCUGCGAUUUGCUCAAUUUUUCACUAGUCGUCGCUGAAGGCUGUUCCGAUAUUCGCCACCUGUGGACGUGCUGGACAAUUUGUAGCCGGACUAACGGGCAGACCGGGUUUUUAUUGCAGAUCUGACUGCUAGAAAAUCAAUUCUUCAACGGAACCAGGCAUGCCUACCGUCCUCGCCAUGUGUCGCGGGCGACGAUGCCCAUUUGUGCCCAACAUCGUGGUGGACGCACGUGAACUAGCUUAUAGUUAUAGCGGACUUGCGCAGCGCCGACCGCACUCUCUCCAUCCCCAUCCAUCUGGGUCCGGUGGUGAGACAGAGACAGGGCGGCCGUGCCACACGACCUGAUCCACGCAAAAUGGACCAGGUUUUCGCAGAACCAGGGGGUGCGGCUGGGAUCCCACCCGAGUGGAAUUGUCAUAGAGGCUGCAUUAUGUGGGAGCCAUUGCAGCCUGACUCUCAAUCCACCGGUUAGCCACUCCACCCAAACGAGACUGACCACGAAGUUAUCUAUCAUAUACAGCACCGUAUAAGAGCAGCCUGGUCUGUGUCCUUGUAUCCAGUCCUGGGCCCCAGUCUCUAUUGAGGAUAGGAAUCUGAUAUUACGCUUCCUGGUCUCCGUCUACAUAUUUUCAGGGUAUUAAUUUCUAGCCUUUUUAUCUCAAGAGGCCUUUGUUUCCUUGGCCACCUCUUACGUUUUAUGUUCUCUGUCCUGAUUAUUGUCUUUUGCACUCAUUCCUAACCAUGCAGAUCACUAUUCUCUACCUCAAACCCUAAACCCCCUCCUUGCUGUAUCCUAACUUCAGCCAAAUCAUCGGAGAAGCAAACAGGAGCUUACCCCCAGACUGGAGGCGGUGUCUUCAGCUUUCGCUCCAUCCUUUCCGACAUUCAGAAUGAGGCUAACGCAAAUCACGGCACCGGUCUGUUCUCUGCGCUCGACAGUACUGAUGCGUCAGCCUGCCGCAGCAAACUCUGGGCGAACGCUACUGCUGGCACCAAGGGCUCACCCUUCUCCGGCCUCUUCGCGCCUCCACGCCUUGGUACUGUUGUGACUCCUCCGAAGGAGACAACACCUGCCAAUCCGCCAUCCGGAGGCUUGUUUUCCAGCUCGUUUGCCUCUCAGCCGGCUACUAUGGCAUCGAACUUCAAGGAGGCAGAAGCUUUAGAUUGUUUCAAGCAGUGUCUAGCAUCACCCGAGGAUGAUACGCUUAUGCGGAUUUUAGCGGGUUCGUAUUCACUUAGAUAAGAUUGCUCCUUAAAGCCUUUUCUUCCUGUCUCAGACUCUGUGGCUACUUCUUACGCGAUCUGUUUCCACCAUACUAACGAGGCGAUAUCCGAUACCCCAUACUUGUAAAACCCUUUUUUUUUACUGAAGUUCACUGAAAUCUUGGGAUGUCUUCAGAGAAUUUCCCUUCGGUAGAUUAUGUGCUUGGUAAUAGAAGCGUUUUGCACAUUAAAUGGGCAAAACCCUUGUCUACGACAUUUCCUGCUACGAAGUAACACGGUAUCACAGACUGCUUUAUGUGGGCCUUUGCCAUCUUCACAAAGUACAGUAAUGGGCACGUGUGUUGUUUGCUAUCUCGUAAGAUGUUAUUAAGCGAGCAAGAAGUAGCGUAACGGAAGCAAAUUUUAUUGACAACAGCGCGUUUUAGACCACGAUUUAAUUCUAUAGGCAGGAUUUGCGUGCUCACCUGUUUAUCUUUUCCAUUUAAAUUUUCAGGUAAAUUACCCUGUUGGAGCAAGUGGAACAUCAGUGAGGCCACUCUGGUCGAAAUUUCCCCGGCGCCUGAAACGCUUGUACGAUUUGCUUUCCGCUUUGCCAGACAGCACGGAUCGAAUCCCAAUCAAAUGGAUCUGGCGAUCAGAGCACUUCUCUCAGCUUGCACUGCAGAUUCCCAUCCGGCGGCAGCUAAAAAGAAACAGGGACAACUAAUCUCACUGUCUGGUCGUGCUGUCAAUCAGAUUUUAGUUCACUUGGGUGCAAUGAAACCUGACCGAAGUGACCCAACUGAAAUCAAGGCCUCGGAGGAGGUGCUGGUCUAUGCGAAAACCGACCUGGAACUGCUCAAAAGUCUUCUCUCUCAGCACGGGUCGCGUCUAAAUGAUUCUGUUCGUCAGUCCUUGGCUCUGCUGCUUUCUCAGCACAAGGAAGCCCACCCGCAGGCUCCACCUAUCGCUAGUGCCUUAGAUGCUGUGUUGGGUGCUUUGGAGGACAAACUGGGCUCUCUUUCCGUGUCCUGA